AUGUCGACCGCAAACCACGAGGUGGAGGUUGCGCAACCGCAGCAGGUCCAGGCUGAUCCUCCCAAGGAUGUCGUCAAGGAGCCCCUUGGCGAGGUGGACGAAAAGGCUCCCAUCGUCACGCCCGAUGGAGAGGAGCCGACAGAGGAGGAGAAGCGCACGCUGAAGCAUGUCGCGGAGCACCUGCCCGUCUCUGCCUGGCUGGUGGCUGCUGUCGAGCUGAGCGAGCGGUUCACCUACUAUGGCAUGUCGGGUCUCUUCCAGAACUACAUCCAGCGCCCGCUCGACGGCAGCGAGGGCCGUGGUGCCUUGGGUAUGGGACACCAGGGCGCCACCGGUUUGUCGACAUUCUUCCAGUUCUGGUGCUAUGUGACUCCCAUUAUCGGUGCCGUCAUCGCCGACCAGUACCUGGGAAAAUACAAGACCAUCAUGCUCUUUUGCGUUGUUUAUCUGAUUGGUCUGGUGAUCCUCCUGUUUACCUCGAUUCCGACGGCUCUCGCGCAUGGCGCCGGUCUGGGAGGCUUCAUUGUCGCGAUCAUCGUUAUCGGUUUGGGAACGGGUGGUAUCAAGAGUAACGUCGCGCCAUUGAUUGCCGAUCAAUACACGCGCAAGAAGAUGGCCAUCAAGACCACCAAAAAAGGCGAGCGCGUCAUCAUCGACCCCGCCGUCACCGUGCAGCGGAUCUACAUGAUCUUCUAUGCCUGUAUCAACAUCGGCUCGCUGUCGCUGCUGGCCACGCCCUACAUGGAGCGGGAUAUCGGCUUCUGGUCAGCCUACCUGCUGUGCCUGUGCAUGUUCCUGUGCGGAACGGCCUGUCUGAUCAUCGGCCGCAAAUUCUACGUCGUGCGCCCGCCGCAGGGAUCCAUCAUCGCCGACGCAUUCCGCGUGCUGGGCCUCAUGAUCUUCCACCGCAACAUGGAUGCCGCCAAGCCCAGCUGGCAGGCGGCGCACGGCGGACGCACCAACCUCCGGUGGGACGACCACUUCGUCGACGAGGUCAAGCGAGCGCUGGUUGCCUGCCGGGUGUUCUGCUUCUACCCGAUCUAUUGGGUGGUGUACGGACAGUUCUCGAACAACUUCGUCACGCAGGCGGGGCAGAUGCAGGGCCACGGGAUCCCGAACGAUCUGAUGCAGAACUUCGACCCGAUCGCCAUCAUAGUCUUCAUCCCGAUCCUGGAGCUGUUCGUGUACCCGCUGCUGCGCAAGCUGCACAUACCGUUCAAGCCCAUCUCGCGCAUCUCGCUGGGGUUCAUCGUCGCGUCGCUGGCGAUGAUGUACGCGGCCAUCGUGCAGCACCUCAUCUACUCGGCGGGGCCGUGCUACGAGCAACCGCUGUGUGACGCGUCGAUGGUGGACGGGGUCGCGCAGGGCAACAACGUGCACAUCGCGAUCCAGACGCCGGCGUACGUGCUGAUCGGCAUCUCGGAGAUCUUCGCGUCCGUGUCCGGGCUGGAGUACGCGUACACCAAGGCGCCGCCGAGCAUGAAGUCGUUCGUGCAGUCGAUGUACCUGCUGACGAACGCGUUCGGGUCGGCCAUUGGCGAGGCCCUGACGCCGGUGGCGUACGACCCGGCGAUCCUGUGGAUGUUCGUCGGACUGGCCUGCGCGUCGUUUACCGUGGGUUGUCUUUUCUUCAUCUUGUUCCGCCACCUGAACGCGAAGGAGGAGGAGAUGAACGCGCUAGAUGCGGACGAGUACGGGCCACCGCCGCCGCUGGAGCGGGAGGAGAAAUAA